AUGACACAGCUUUGUUUGCGUGGGCUGAUGGUGGUCAUGACCCUCACUGCAGGACUACUAACAGCCAUCAAUGUUGGACAAUUCCUCCCGAGCAGAUACCUUCCUGUGUUGGGACUUGCAGACUUGAACUCGCCGGAAGUGAAGCCAGUGAAGAUGGAAGUUCGGAAUAAGAUUCUUUGCCAUUCUUUGGUGGACCCUGCCCUUCCGCUGCAGUCCUUCCUCCGCACGGUCGACGUCCCUCCUGGACAUGUGUCCGAAGCCCAGCGCCUGGUUGCCAAGGGCACCUGGCGGGAUGCGGGGCACUGGCCAAAGAACUUGGCCAUUUACGACUUCUACCAGUGGAUAGCCAAGUACAAGAUCCAAUCCCCCAAGCGACUGGUGGCUUUCAGCGAUGAUCCGGAGAACUCCUUGUUGACCCCAGAGGCGACUCUAAACUUCUUCUACACGCCGGAGACAGGGGAGAAUGACCUCCACUCCAUGGAGGCCCUGAAGAGUGUCAGGGACUUUAAGCCAACGAUGGUGUUGCUUGGGAACCUUUUUCCACGCUUGCAUGAUCCACAGCUUGCAAUGUCCAACUUGUUCGACGUCUUGGAAGAUGGAGGAUAUGCAUUCUUGUCUGCGCCGUUGACCGGAGUCUCGGACAAAUUGCCCUUUCACUUUUACCACAGCACGUGGACUGGCUUGGCCACUUUGAUGAAUCGAUCUGGUUUUGAAGUCUUGGAGAUGCGGCGCUGGGGAAAUUUGGACUAUGAAGUUGAGAUUUCCAAAUUGAACUCCGAGCCAAAGAGCGAUGACUUGACCAACUUGCAACACCAAAGGUUUCACGAGGAUUUCGCGUGGGGUCUUUUUCGGAAAUCGGCCGCCAAGUACAAUCAGACCUGCUUCGGUACUUCCACUCGCUGGCUUCAGCACUGGGCCUACACAGCAAGCGAAACCAUGAAUCUUUGGAAUGUGAUUGAGCCCAGCAUGCGAGGUCGUCCGACAAUGACUGAUGAUGCCUUCAAAAAUGUCAUCCUGGCUGCGGGAAUAUUGCGUAAUAGCAGUGAUUUCCCGCGAGCUCCGGCGAUUUUGCAUUACAAGCAAAUUCUGAGAACGUAUUCGAAUGAAAUCAAGGCGAUUCCCCAACUGCUGUCAUUUGGUGGUGCAGAAUAUGAAUUGCACCUGGGUCCUCAUCAGCGUCGCGUCGUUGACUUUGGUCCUUACCGUGGAACUUCUGGGGAUUUGCACAAGCUCAGCUUGGAGGAUCUCACUUCAAAGCUGGCACCGGGCACCGCUGGCGUGGAUUUCUGCAUUUUGGGUCAGACUCUGGAGCACCUCUAUGAUCCGUACCUGGCAGUCCAAAACCUCUUCGAUGUUACCGCGCCCUGCGGCUUUCUUUUCACCAGCACUCCUUUUGCGAACAUUCCGCAUAUGAUGCCACAUCACCACUACCAUUACAGCAGCAUGGGCCUGGCCAUGCUUUUCCAUCGGGCUGGAUUCGAGGUAGUGGAGAUUGGGCAGUGGGGCAGUCAGGAAUACCUCUCCAAGCUGUUCCAAACGAUGCGGUGGCCAGGAAGGGGAACGCUGCAGAAUUUGGAAGGUGAUGCCUCAGUAGUGGCACAGGUUUGGGGGUUCUUCCGCAAGCCCUGCAAGAAUUGA